AUGCCCGGAACGCCCGGGUGUGAAGGAUCAGGAACCGGCGAUGGGAGAGUUCCAGCCGCGCGAGCUGGGAACGCAAGGGCGGAUGGUGGUGGUAGUGGUGGUGGUGGUGUAGGCAUCGUCGCUGGCGCCGGUUCCCUGGCCCCCUCGUCGCUGUCACCCUCGGGAUCCUCGGGAGUGGCACACCAGCCAUCGACGGGGACGGCCAGACGGAUCCCGCCGGCACCAAAGACGCGGAGCCGUGGCUUUUCGCUGCGGAGAGCCGCGUUUGCGAGGAAUCUUGCGCUGUCGGAUCAGAAUGCGGUCGAGCUGGACCCCGAGCAGGGAGCCUUGCCGGCUCUUGCGGAGCCUGCGGAGGUCAAGGGGCAUGUCGAGGAGGAGGUGGCGGGCCGGCUAGAUGCCCUCUCGUCGUCGCCAGGCAAGCAGGAGACGGUAUUAAGUCACGGGAAGCACUCAAAGCCGAGUUCUGUAACUCCCCCCGGUGACGGUGGGAUCUGGGCUCAACGAAAGCGUCACGCGGCAAAGUUCAAGUCCUCUGUGAUCGAAAUCUUCAAGAUCAUUACCAGGAAUAGGGACAUUCCGCCGAGUAAGAAUGGGCGACAUAUUGACCUUGACCCUACAUUCAAAGGACAGCGGAUCGACGAGCGCACGGGGAAAGGUUACAUCGGUAACACUAUCACGUCUAGUCGCUAUAACUUCUUCAACUUUCUGCCCCGGCAAAUCAUCUUCCAAUUCUCGCGCGUGUCGAACUUUUACUUCCUUUGUGUUUCCAUCUUGCAACUCACCGGGUUCAGUACGACGGGGACCUACAGUACGAUUGUGCCCUUGAUGGUCUUUGUUAGUAUUGCCAUAGCGAAGGAGGGCUACGACGACUACAGGCGUCAUGUCAUGGAUCGGGUGGAGAAUCGGAGCAAGGUCGAGGUCUUGCGAAUAAAAGAUGCAGGCGACGCAUCUUGGCUCACAGUGAAGUGGUAUGAAGUAAAGGUAGGAGAUAUCGUUAAACUCGGCAGAAACGAUGCCAUCCCGGCGGACUUGGUUCUCAUCUACGCGGAUGGGCCGAACGGUUUGGCGUAUAUCGAUACCGCAGCACUGGACGGAGAGUCCAAUCUCAAAGCCAAGCAAGCGCCGACAAUGCUCAGGGAAUCAUGCCAGAGCGAGAGCGAUGUCCCCCGCUGUCGAGCGCACAUCGUGGUUGAAGAUCCAAACAUUGACUUAUACAACUUUGACGGCCAGAUUACCAUCGACGGCAAGACCUUACCACUAACAGGAAGCGAGAUCAUAUAUCGGGGAAGCGUGUUGCGCAACACGUCAAAUGCCUUCGGCAUGGUGAUCAACACCGGAGAGGAAUGCAAAAUCCGGAUGAACGCCAUGAGGAAUCCCCGAGCCAAGGCUCCUUCCAUGCAGCACAUCGUCAACCAGAUUGUCGUUAUCAUCGCGUGCUUCGUCAUGCUCCUCACAGGUCUGAACCUUGCCGCUUACCGCAUCUGGAGGUCCAAGGAAGAAGAUGAUGCGACGUACCUGAUGGGUGCUUCUAUCAAAGAGAUAGACCUGUUUCUGAGUGCGUUCGUCAUGUUCUCUAAUAUGAUUCCACUCUCGCUGUACAUCAGUCUGGAAAUUGUCAAGGUGGGACAGAUGUACAUGAUGGGAGAUAUUGAGAUGUACGACGCGGAAAGCAAUACGCCCAUGGAGCCACACACCAAUACGAUCAACGAGGAGCUGGGUCAGGUCAGUCAUGUAUUCUCGGACAAGACUGGUACAUUGACGGAGAACAUCAUGCGCUUCCGGAAGAUGAGUGUUGCUGGCACAGCAUGGCUGCACGACUUCGAUUUGAGGAAACCUGAGGCCGUCGAAAGGGUGCCAUCGAAGCAGCCCCACCCGACGGCAGCGGAGAGCUCAAAGUUUCCGGGUUAUGCAAAGCAGAUUUCAGAUCCGGGGUCUAUGGAGCUGAUGGACUCGGAGCCCACGGCAAGGCAUGGUUCUCGAAUGUCUCGACAAGCGACACGAGAAUCUACGAGCCUGUACAGGCAGUCUUCGAUGCCUUCAGAGAAGCGAGAGCCUACCACCGAGGAGCUUGUCACAUACCUGCAACGCGGAAUACAUGGAGCUUUUGCGGAAAAGGCACGUUUCUUUUUGCUUGCCAUUGCUCUUUGCCACACCGCCUUGCCGGAAACUCGAGCAGACGGCGAGAUUGACUAUCAGGCCAUGUCUCCCGACGAACUGGCCUUGGUCCGAGGAGCGAAAGAUCUCGGGUAUAUUGUAGUGGACAGACCUUCUCAAUCCGUUACAAUCCUCAGCAAGGACGGCGACAAGUCAACGCGUGAGACGUACCAGGUCCUGGAUGUUGUCGAGUUCAGCAGUAAGCGCAAGCGGAUGUCCAUCAUCAUUCGGUUCCCAGACGGCAAGAUCUGUCUUUUCUGCAAGGGUGCAGACUCGACCAUUCUCGAGCGCCUUGAUCCUGUCACAGGGGCAGUCCAGAAGGAUGCCGAUAUUCGCAGAAGCAUGACUGCGAUGCGGAGAUCUGAGGCGCAAGAGGAGCUUCGCAGAGGAAGCCAAGACUCACCACGCAGUAGUCUCAGCCGUCCUAUAGUCUCCCGCGCGGGAAGCUACAUUAGUCGUCCCUCGCUGGCUCGAAACAGGAGUACUGCAGAUGGCACACCCGGUAUGGACGCGCUAGGUCGCAUACUGAAUGACUCGCCCAGACCCUCAAUGGCCGUCUCGAGGAAGUCGUCGACUUUGGCCAACUCGCUGAUGAUCGAUCACGUUGUGGCAGGAGAUGAUUCCGCGAUUCUCAACGCAACACUCCGACACAUCCACGAUUUCGCUACCGAGGGACUGAGGACACUGCUUUACGGCCACAGAUAUCUCGGUGAAGAGGAAUAUCAGACGUGGAAGAAGGCUUUCCACGAGGCUUCAACGAGUCUCGUCAACCGCCAAGAAUUGAUAGAUCAAGCCUCCGAGUCAUUGGAAAAAGAUCUGGUAUUAACUGGAGCGACAGCAAUUGAAGACGAGCUGCAAAAGGGCGUGCCCGAAACUAUUGAAAAGCUCCGCAGGGCAGGCAUGCCUGUUUGGAUGCUCACCGGCGAUAAGCGAGAAACCGCCAUCAAUAUCGGCUACUCGUGCAAACUCAUCACCAGCUACUCGGACGUCGUCAUCCUUGACCACGAGCAGAAAAAUGUGGAUUCGACGGUUGCAAAUGCCUUGCUCGACAUCAGCCAAGGCCAGGUGGCGCACUGCGUUGUCGUCGUGGAUGGCCAGACGUUAGCGGAUAUCGAGGGCAACCCGACCCUGAUGGAGGAAUUCUUUAAGCUGGUGAUUGCGGCGAACUCGAUCAUCUGUUGUCGUGCUAGUCCGACGCAGAAAGCUUUCCUGGUCAAGACGAUCCGCACAAAAGUCAAGGGGUCGAUUACUUUGGCAGUCGGCGACAGCGCAAACGACAUUGCCAUGAUCCAAGAAGCUCACGUCGGUAUCGGUAUAUCUGGUAAGGAAGGGAUGCAAGCCGCCCGCACAUCCGACUACUCUAUCGGCCAAUUCCGAUUCCUGCAGCGCCUUCUACUCGUCCACGGCCGCUGGAACUACGUGCGGACAGCGAAGUACGUCCUUGGCACGUUUUGGAAAGAGAUGAUGUUCUUCCUGACCCAAACCAUCUACCAGCCCUAUAACGGCUUCACCGGCACCUCCUUCUACGAAUACUGGACCGGAUCCGUUGUUAACGUGUUCUUCGUCGCCCUCUGCAUCAUCAUCCUUGGUGUGUUCGACCAAGACCUGUCCGCCACCACGCUGCUCGCUAUCCCAGAGCUCUACCGCCGCGGCCAGCGCAACGUAGCCUUCAACCUCUCCAAGUACGCGUGGUGGAACCUGAUGGCGCUUGCGGACGCCGUCAUCAUUUUUUACACGGUGUAUGGGCUCUACGGUACAGCGAUCUUCAACGACGUGUUCGAGGACUCGUCGGACCUUUUCGCCUAUGGCCAGUUGUCGUUUGCGGUUUGUAUCAUUGUCAUCAACACGAAGCUGAUGUUCCUCGUCAUGCACAACCGCGACAUCACGUCCUUCACCGCCUGGUUCCUCGGCGUCCUCGCCUGGUGGCUCUGGAACCUCGCCCUGAGCGGCAUCUACGACCCGGCGGCCUCCUUCUACGGCGUCAAGCACGGCUUCGUCGACCGCUUCGGGCGCAGCGCCCUGUGGUGGCUGACGCUGCUCGUCGCUACCGCCGCGCCCUUGCUCUGGGAGAUCGCCGUCGAGAGCGUCCGCGUCGCGUACUGGCCCGACGAGGUGGACGUGUUUCAGGAGUUGGAGAAUGAUCCCAUGUGGAGGGCCAGGUUUGAGGCUAUGGUUAGGGGGGAGGAGGCGCGGGAGGAGCGGGAAUCCGGGGACCUAAAGGGGUCCUGA